AUGGCUAAAACCAAAAAAGUUAUUUCUUCCCAAUCUGCAAAACAUCAUCAACCUCAGACAGAAAAAUGGCCAAAACCAAAAAAGCCACCAUCAACUCUAUUUCACCUCCCAAAAAAGCCGCCGUCAACUCUUUUUCAUCUCCCAAAAAAGCUGCUAUCAACUCUAUCACCUCCCAAAAAAGCUGCAGUCAACUUUUCAUCUCUCAAAAAAGCUGCAGUCAACUCUCUUUCACCUCUAAGUUCAGACAAAAAAGUAAUCAAAACUAAACCAACUCCAACAUCUGUUAGAUCCCUUUCACUUCUAAGUUCAGACAAGGAACAUGAUAUUUCUUCUCGAUCUGCAACCUCUGUUGCACAACCCAGAUCCGUCGACAUUUCAGACAGGAAAAUAAUCAAAACUAAACCAACUCUAACAUCUGUUAGAUUCCUUUCACUUCUAAGUUCAGACGAGGAACAUGAUAUUUCUUCUCGAUCUGCAACUUCUGUUGCACAACCCAGAUCCGUCAAUAUUUCUUCUCAAUCUGCCAGACAUCAACCAACUUCUUUUACACAAACUAGAUCUGUCAAUUCUCUUCCACCCCUAAGCUUAAGCAGAGAGCAUAAAAAUCAACAAAGUUGGAGGAAUAUCGACGAAAUUCUUGCAGUUCAAAGACAGCAAGAACACUCUAUUUCGACUAUAGAAAAUACUUUAAAUGAUCUAUUAUCUUCAUUAGAAUCUUUAAAUAGUAAAAUUGACUCAUUAAGUCGAGCUGGAAGUCAAAGAGAAUUAGAAGUUGGUGAAACCUCAGCAGCUGUGCAACAAAGACAAUUUAAAAUUGAAAGAGAACGAAAAAAUGCACUUCGAAAAAUGACUCGUCGAGCAUCGGCAUAUAAACAUCUGCGUUCAAAAAAAGACAGUCAUAUUAUGUCAUACGAUUUGGAUAAAAUGAGAGAAAUCUUAGGAACUUCCGAUGCCCAUUCGCCUGAAUUAUCUGACACAGAUAACGAAAUAGAUGAUGAAGGAAAUAUAUACGUUAAUAUAUGCGACUUGUCAUGGAGAUCACAGGAGUUAUGUGAAUUAUUUCAUGAUGUAUUUGACACCACCAUGGUUCUGACGAUAAGAAGAACAAGAGGAACAAUGAGAGAAACAAGAGGAAAAAUGAGAGGAACAAGAGGAGAAAGAGGAAGGAGAGAAGAGAGGGAAAGGAGAGGAGGAAGAUGA